GCAACAAUACUUCCCGUUUAUUAAUGUGAAGCUGUAUUGUUUGAAUAAAUGCGAGUCGACUGUAAGGAAAUCUGCUUGGUGUGACUGCGCCUUUAAGAGCCGCUGCACUGGUGACGCGCCGAGGCCGGUGGGCAGGAAGAGUGCGCGCGCGUGUGCGCGAGAGAGAGGCGCGUUGAUCGCUCCCGGAGCGCAGACACGGCACACGGUCCGGCGGAAUGCGCUUCUAAUGCUGGGCCACGGUCGAAAGCAAGACCAUCCCCACCGCAGAACACUCACCGAACGGCAGCAGCGGCCGCGCCCGAUCCCGGAGACCGGCGGCGAGCGGAAGAACAGCGGACUGAAAACAGCAGGGCGGCUCGACGCGGGUGCACGAAGAGCGAGAGAUCGCGCGUGCCCGAGAGAGAGAGGGAGUGAGAGAGAGACACUGCCCGUCCGUUCAGAGCCAUGAGAGAAUACAAAGUGGUCGUGUUGGGAUCCGGCGGCGUGGGAAAAUCGGCCCUGACCGUGCAGUUCGUCACCGGAUCCUUCAUCGAGAAGUACGACCCGACGAUAGAGGACUUCUACCGCAAGGAGAUCGAGGUGGACUCGUCGCCGUCGGUGCUGGAGAUCCUAGACACGGCGGGCACCGAGCAGUUCGCCUCUAUGCGCGAUCUGUACAUCAAGAACGGCCAGGGCUUCAUCCUCGUGUACAGUCUGGUCAACCAGCAGAGCUUCCAGGACAUCAAGCCCAUGCGCGACCAGAUCAUCCGCGUCAAGCGCUACGAGCGCGUGCCCAUGAUCCUGGUGGGCAACAAGGUGGAUCUGGAGGGCGAGAGGGAGGUGUCUUCCGGGGAGGGCAAGGCGCUGGCGGACGACUGGAACUGUCCCUUUAUGGAGACCUCGGCCAAAAACAAAGGCUCCGUGGACGAGCUGUUCGCGGAGAUCGUGCGGCAGAUGAACUACGCGUCGGCGCCGAGCGGAGAUGACCAGUGCUGCGCGUCCUGCGCGAUCCUCUGAGAACCGCGCGCGACGCCUGGGUUCUCCUGCGCGUUUGUUGCCAUGGUGUGUUGCAGGAAUCUUCAGGAAUCGCAGCACACCAUUGAUGUCAACACAAGUGUCUUGCACUCGCAACUGGAACUUAAACCCCAAAAACGUGGAACCCUGAGACACGCGGAGGGAGGGAGGAGGGAGGUUAAAGCGGCUUGGAAACCCUUGUUGUGAAUCAUACACAGUAUUGCUUUCCGUUCUUCGGCGGGUGACGCCACUCCCCUCUGAGCGCACCAGGACUUCACUGUUUUGACGCGAGGACGUCGGAGGUUACGCGUCGA